AUGGACGCGAAACAACCGCAACCUGACCACUCCGGCUUGCAAGCGAUCGAAACGAACGAUGCGCCGGAGGUGGUGCAAUCGACCAGUUUACGAGGUCCCCUGGAGCGACGCUCGUCUAUGCACAGUCCGGAAGCAUUCACGCCGUACGGUCAAAAUCGGAAGCAACCGCAAGGCUACUUCCACGAAACGGAGACUCCACAGCCUGGACAGGACGUGCGUGCCUACUAUGCGCCACCUCCUGGAUAUGAGGGCAAUGAGAAGCACGCGGCAGAGCCUGAGCAGCCGAGAGAGCGACGUAUUUGGGGGAUGAAACGAAACGUCUUCUUCAUUGUCCUAGCGAUAGUGAUCCUCGUCGUCAUUGCAGCAGUCGUGGGUGGCGUUUGCGGUGGCAUCUUAGGUGUCAUCAACACCAAAUCAUCUUCGAGCAAUUCGAGCCCAACAUCGACUGGAAGCGGAUCAAGCGGGUCGAACUCUUCGUUGCCUCUUAGCCCGCCUAUUAACGCAGCCAACAAUAGCGGCUUCGCAUUGAUGGUACCUGCAAGCUCUUCGGAUUCGCUGCCAGCCCUGUUCUCCUACUAUCAACGAACAGAUGGUGCUCUGAUCGAACUUUCCUACAAUAGCACGAACAUGCAGAUUGUGUCCAACGACACAGUCGUGGCAGGCUCAAGCGCGGCAAGCGGCUCGCCACUUGCUGUCACGUCAUGGGUUAGCAAUAGCCACACUACCCGCCAACUCUUCUACAUCGACGGCAACGGGAAUGUCAUGACGACCAACACCACUGGCUCGAAUCCUUGGUCGGUACCAUACAACGUCCUGACCGGCGACUCAGCGGAUCCUGACACUAUCGCAUUGACUGUGUGCUCCGGCACUGCUGCACAGAAUACAGGUCUAGACGGUAUUCGCGUCUACUAUGGCUCCGGAUCCUGUCCCGGAACUACAUCAUCCGAGUGCAUUCGCGAAGUCGGCAUGGACUUCUUCGAGUCUUCUCAGCCGGUUUGGCACAUGUGGGGCAUAUUCCCUGGCAGCGAUGUGAAGAGCGGCGUGUCGUGCACCUUAUCGAACAAUGUGAAUCACCUCUACUUCCGCAACACAUCAACGAGUACCCCAGUCCUGCAGCAGUGGCAGUGGAGUUAUGUGGAUCAGUACGUUAACCACAAUGCUGCAUGGAGACCGAUCGCACAGGGUUCGAGCAACAUGACCGCCGGCUCGGACAUUGCGGCAUCGAGCGAUGGUACCACCGACUCGAUCUUCUACCAGUCAACCGACGAGCAUCUGGAGCGGGCACUCUACUACGGCUCAAACAUUUCGAACACUGUGGAGCUCGGUACCGCUGCGCAGGGCACAAAGCUGACGGCUGCUUACGCUAACAGCAGUGCCAUGGUCAUCUACCAGAUGAGUUCCAACGGUUCCGUCUACUAUGACAUGGUAACCAGAGGCGGACAGGAAGCCGGCGCAAAGAUGAUUGCAUGA